AUGGGUGUCCAAGAAGUUCUAAAGAGAAAGACCGGUGUCAUUGUCGGUGACGAUGUCCGUGCCUUGUUCAACUACGCCAAGGAACACAAGUUCGCCAUCCCAGCCAUCAACGUCACCUCUUCCUCCGUCGUUGUCUCUGCUUUGGAAGCUGCCCGUGACAACAAGUCCCCAAUCAUCCUACAAACCUCCAACGGUGGUGCUGCUUACUUCGCCGGUAAGGGUGUCUCCAACGAAGGCCAAAACGCCUCCAUCAGAGGUGCCAUCGCUGCUGCCCACUACAUCAGAUCCAUCGCCCCAGCUUACGGUAUCCCAGUCGUCCUACACUCCGACCACUGUGCCCAAAAGUUGUUGCCAUGGUACGACGGUAUGCUAGAAGCCGACGAAGCCUACUACAAGGAACACGGUGAGCCUCUAUUCUCCUCCCACAUGUUGGAUCUUUCCGAAGAAACCGACGAGGAAAACAUCGCUACCUGUGUCAAGUACUUCAAGAGAAUGGCCGCCAUGGACCAAUGGUUGGAAAUGGAAAUCGGUAUCACCGGUGGUGAAGAAGAUGGUGUCAACAACGAAGGUGCCCACGAGGACUCCUUGUACACCAAGCCAGAACAAGUCUUCGCUGUCUACAAGGCCCUACACCCAAUCUCUCCAAACUUCUCUAUCGCCGCCGCAUUUGGAAAUGUACACGGAGUGUACAAACCAGGUAACGUCAAGUUGAGACCUGAAAUCUUGGGUGACCACCAAAAAUUCGCUGUCAAGCAAACUGGUGCCAAGGAGGACAAGCCAUUGUUCUUGGUCUUCCACGGUGGUUCCGGUUCCUCUGUUGAGGACUUCCGUACCGGUAUUGACAACGGUGUUGUCAAGGUCAACUUGGACACUGACUGUCAAUACGCCUACUUGGAAGGUAUCAGAGACUACGUCUUGAACAAGAAGGACUACUUGAUGAGCAUGGUCGGUAACCCAACCGGUGCUGACUCUCCAAACAAGAAGUACUUCGACCCAAGAGUCUGGGUUAGAGAGGGUGAGAAGACCAUGUCCAAGAGAGUUGCCAAGGCUUUGGAUGAUUUCAGAACUGCCGGUCAACUAUAA